AUGGGCUCCGUGGACGGUUACGUAGAGUUCUACGUAACCUGCAACCCUCCCCUGCUUCCACGCGGCGUCAGUUCAGUUGUGCAGGCAACGGAGGAUGCCCACCCAGAUGGCCAGGUGCUUGAGAUUCUCUACGAGCCAGACAUCCCCUGGUUCAAGCUCAUCACGGUGGGGCAGCAUCAGCAGACGAUUACGAGAUUUGUUCAGCAACAGCUUCUUGCCAUCGUCGAGGAAGAUACGAACUUGUUUGACCCAGAGCAAAGGCAACAUGAAGACGCAUCUCAAGCUGCGUUUGUGGAUGUCACCAUUCUCGAGGACGAGCCGCGGAUCCUUCCGUGGGCACGCCUCGAGGGUGAGCUUGACUCGGGCAGCAGGUCUUUUGACGCGCACCAGUUUCCAGCGGACAUAGCCAGUCUGAAGCACCAGACGACCUGGCGUGGCCUCGAAGAGCCAGGCUGGGACUUUCCUGCCUUUUUCCACACACUCGAAACUCACUGGAGGCACGCUGGUGCCCCAACCUGCAUAUCCGACUUGGAAGCACUCAUUCGGUGCCAAGUCACCCACAACAUGGCCGGAAAUCUGGCUUAUGUUGGGAGCGACAUCAACCAGGAUACGCUCGACAGAGCCAUCUCGACUUUAGACAGCCUCCUUCAUAUCGCUGUAGAAGGUGGUCGCGACACAAAGCAUCUGAUAGCCUCAGGAGGAAACGGCGCCGCCCGCCUCGCCUUGAGAUGGCUAUCUCAUAUAGGCCAGGAGCGAACAACCUUCGUUCAAUGCGACGCUGAACGGCUUUCGACAGAGUAUCAACGACUUCAGGUUUCUGUGCGAGUCAGAACUGAGCACAAGGAGCGCAACGCCUGGGUCUCGGCCAAGACGCCCGUGGCAACCCAGUUUCACGUCAAGAAAGGAGCCGGAGCGGGCUUUCCAGCCUUCAUGAACUAUUCCUACGUCAAGAAGCACCCGACGACAGUUCAAGAGCUCCUAAGGAGCGUUCAAGAUGCCACGGACCAGGAUAUCGUUGUAGUCGAGGAUCUUGACCAGCCCUCGACACACAGCCACCUCACCUCGACCAAAAGCAGAGCUUUGGCAGAAGCGGACCAGCUUCGUCAAACCGCAGUUGAAGUUUGGCGGGAAAGUGUUGUUAGAAGCCCCCAAGAUCGCGUCGACGAGUCGUGGGGACGCGCAGAUUCACCCGAAAAGCUGAUAGAGGUGGCCGAGCCUUGCGUUGAGGAGCAUCCAUCGCGAGAGCCCAAUGCUGGCCAACCCAGCGGCCUUUUGUUUGGCACUUUCGAGGACGUCCAAACGGAAACGGCCCGGACUGACGUGCAAAACGUGUUCGAUCAGUCCGACGAGGACCUCAUCUGUCUGGAUCCACAAGAAUUGAAGUCUUCCCCGCAAGACGAUGGCGAAGAUGACUUACUCGACUUUCGUGAGCUGCCAAAGACAGAGAGACGACCUGACGAUUGUCCGCCCGACCUCUUCUCGGAAUUGGGAUGUAAUUUGCUAGACGAGGGCAGAACAGACAGCCUAAGCCGCCAUCAAGUUCUGGUUCCGGCGAUUGUGCCUUCUCGCAAGCAGGACGGCCCCGGCAAGUCUGGUGGUCCGAGCCACGAGCUCGCAGAUCUGAAUCGGCAUAAAACACGAGAGGAAGGACAGGAUGAACGCCUCAACGCCCAGACAAACCAACAGAAGCUCAAAUUGGCACAGGACUGCCCUGGGGCUGCCACCCCGAAGACCACCAUUUCAGCGGUCACGUCGGCAUCUGCAGAUGAGAAAGCAUCUGAUAGAGCAAAGGUCCCUAUGACGGGCGCAUCAACUGGAAGGUCAAGCGGAGACGUCGCCGAAAAGUCGUCGAGCCGAAUAUCACGCAAAGCCGCAACCGUCAUGAAUGCGGCCCGAGAGUCGGCAGAAGCCCAACUUAAGUCUAUGUCGGCACUGUUGCAACUUAUUCCAGGACAUGUCGCCCUCGAGUUGCAUUUCGGACGCAUUUACCUCCUGGACAUCAGUCAUUCUCUUGUUGACGUCGGAUCUGGACCGGCUUUCUCUACGACGGAUCUGAAGGACAUUUUGCAUGACAUCGGCCCAAAGUGUCUUGGCUUUUCCUCUGCUCUGACGACAUAUGGUCCCGACAUGGAACGAGCCGUUCAGGCGAAGCCCCAGGGCGCGGGAGCUUGGCAGCAUCUCGGUACCCAGGUUUUCUACGACUUUCACUGCUUCGAUGAUUCAGAAAUCGAGUUCGUAAUAGAAGUCGACGCCAGUACCUUUGACUUCACUUGUCGAGGUACCAAGAAGGAACUAAGCCGGCUGUUCCUGCACUGUGCAUCUCGUGCCUGGGACAUGCAGAUUUGUGCCACCCGAGCAGGCAAUCUGGACAGCUCAUCGAAAUUCCGGACGAUUGGGCGUACAAUAGUGGCGUCUAUAUGCGCGAGGUCUGUGGACGGCGAAGUUGCGCUCGAGGCGAUACAAGAUGAGCGACUCCGAGCCACAAUCACGGGCAUCAGAGUACGACACGUCGCCAAAUACCGACAAGGAGAGCACGGCGAGAGCGAGCUUUCUGUCAUCAUGGUGAAGAGGAUGAUGGUGUCUCAGAGGCGGGAAAGGCGGGCGACCUGGGUGGUCAGUGAUGGCGACCAGCAGGGUCAGCCCGCCACUUUUUAUGAAGCCUCGAUCACGUCCUCGCGCGCAAAGGAGUUGUUCAUGGAGAAUCAGGGGAUGAAGAUUGGACAACGGGCGUCAUGGGAUUGCCAUGUGCUCGAGGCGGAGGGCGUCUUUAAGGCUAUUUGCCGACCAGCGUUUGAGAUGAUCGCAUUGAUGGAUGAGAUUGGCAUGCUCAACGACAAUGGUCAACGGCUCAGAGCCCAAGGGUCAUUCAAUGACACGAUAGCAGAAAGCCGACAGCGCCGAGGCAAGACCGUCUUUUGGUGAGGGCAUUUACGUGAUGGAGAACCCCUCAAGGGCGCAGCUGAAUCGUGUAAUCGGUAUUCGAGAGGCGCUGGAUGCCCUGACUCGGGUGGCGUACCACUACACGGACCGCCUGCGUGCUGCCGGGAAGAUGGCCAUGGCUGGAUUGUGUUACGGGAGCAGGCUGAUGUCGGUGUAAUACUUGGUACAGAGCAAUUCGC